ACCUCCGCAUUGGAGUGCGCUGCGUUGUUUUGAGUUCAGUGAAAUGUUAGUUUAUUCCAUGUGUAUCUCUGCUGGAUCCUCUGCACGUUUUCACGCCAUAUCCGAGAGAUCUCUGCUGGAGAUGACGACCAAGACACCAGAUGUCCAGCAGCUGCUUGCGAGUAAAGAGAAAGUUUCUACUGAGCAACAGGCUUACAGCUCUAAUCUAGACCUGAAGGGACAAGAACACCAUCACAUUAAAGUUGAAGAAAACGGUGAGGACCGUAUCAAAGAAGAGGCAGUGGAACAAGAUGUCUGCAACCUGUCCUUUAUUCGUGUUGAAGUGAAGAGGGAGUAUGUGGGCGAGGAGGAGAAGCCUUCACCCAGCAGCUUGACUCAACACAUAAAAACAGAAAAUGAUGGAGAGAACUGUGCAUCAUACCCAGCCAACUACUUGAAUGAACUUAGUCAUUCGAACCACCAGAGGUCACUCACGUCAGACUCUGACACUGAUGACAGUGAAGACUGGACAGAAACCCGUAACUCUCUGCCAGGUUCAAACUCUGUGGAGAAUCCAAAAGAUUGUGUGGAUGAGAAGAAAGACGAUGCCGAUCACAAAUCAUUGAUAUGCUCUGGAUGUGGGAAAAAUUGUUCUUCAAAGGCUGGACUAAUGCGACAUGUAAAAUCAUGCUCUCCUUUGUCUUGUUCAGCUUGUGGAAAAUGUUUUGAAAAGAGACAAAAUCUUGAGAAUCACAUGAGAAGUCACACAGGCGAAAAACCGUUCAGUUGUCCUCAUUGUGAGAAAUGUUUUCCACAAAGAGGCAACCUGAAAGAACACAUCAGGAUUCAUACUGGUGAGAAACCUUUUGGUUGUUCACAGUGUAAUGAACGUUUCAAGUGGCGUGUACAACUGAAAACACACAUGAUUAUUCACACUGGAGUAAUACCAUUUAUCUGCUCUCAAUGUGGUAUGCGGUUUACAAGGAGAGAUCAGUUGGAGACACACAUGAUCACACAUACUGGAGAAAAACCUUUCUGCUGCUCUCAAUGUGGGAAAUGUUUUAUGCACAAAGGCAGCCUGAAGGAACACUUGAAACAUCACAUAGAUGAAAAACCAUUUAACUGCUCUCAUUGUGGUAAAUGUUUCACUGUCAGUGGGAGCUUGAAGGAGCAUAUAAGAAUUCACACAGGUGAAAAACCUUUUGUUUGCUCUCAGUGUGGCAAGUGUUUUACACGACGUGAACAACUCAGAGUACACAUGAGAAUUCACACUGGAGAGGAACCAUUCAGUUGCUCUCAGUGUGGUAAAUGUUUCACACUGAAAGUAAACCUGAAGGAACACAUGAGAAUUCACACAGGUGAAAAACCAUUUGUUUGUGCUCAAUGUGGUAAAUGUUAUACACAAAACCGUAAACUGAAGGACCACAUUAGAAUUCAUACUGGUGACAAACCUUUCAGCUGCACUCAUUGUGGUAAAAGUUUUACACAGAGAAGGAGCCUGACGACCCACAUCAGAAUACACACUGGAGAAAAACCCUUUAGUUGCUCUCAAUGUGAUAAGUGUUUUUUGUCAGGGGAUUAUCUGAAGGCCCACAUGAGAGUUCACACUGGAGAAAACCCCUUCAGCUGCUCUCAGUGUAGUAAGUGUUUUAAGUGGCGAGACCAACUUAAGAAACACAUGAAAACUCACAUUUGUAAUGAAGUUGAUCACAAAAUUAUUUGACUCAUGUAUAAUUUGGAAUAUUUGGGCUUUUCUGAAUAAAAUUGAAUAUUCAGGGAAGACUUUUUUUCUGCCC